GUUAAUGGUCAAUUUUAGCUCGUUUAAAGUGUCCCGAAUAACUUAAAAAUGGUUCUAAAAUAUUGCGUAUUUUUAUUUUUAUGUAUUGUUUUAGCUAAAGGAAAAGCUGGUUUUGGACAGGGACGGCAAAAUUGGGGCUUUGUCCCAAUAAAUGAAAAAUCACACAUGUUUUGGUGGUUAUACUAUACAUCAUCCACUGGUGAAUAUAUUCAAAAGCCUUUAGUGAUUUGGCUUCAAGGAGGUCCUGGAGGAUCGUCAACAGGGAUAGGAAAUUUUCUGGAAAUCGGACCUUUGAACGUCGAUCUGGAAGAAAGAGAGGCUGACUGGACCAAACACGUUAACGUGUUGUUUGUUGACAAUCCAGUUGGAACCGGUUUCAGUUACGUCAGUGACAGUGACAUCGAUUACUUCGCCAAAAACAACUCUGUUAUCGCUCAGGACUUCUUGAUUUUCUUAAAAAGGUUUUUCCAUGAAAAUCCAGAAUUUCAGUAUACUCCUACAUAUAUAUUUGGUCAGUCUUAUGGUGGAAAAAUGGCUACAGAUAUUGGAUUGCUACUAUAUCAAGAAUCAAAACUUGGAAACAUUCUAUGUAAUCUAAAAGGCAUAGCUUUAGGUGGUCCUUGGAUAUCUCCAAUCGAUUCAAUAUCAUAUUGGCAUUCAUAUCUGUAUAAUUUGGGGUUCAUAGAUUAUGAAGGCUCUGAGCAACUCAAAAACAUGACAGAUUUUAUAAGAGGUGUACUGUCAACUGGCGAUUAUACCAAAGCCACACUGUAUAAUCGUGUUGUUCAAUAUACAGUGAAUUUGUUGACGACAGUUGACUUCCACAAUAUAAUGACCAAACAAGUGAAGCAAUCGAGUGUACUACUUAAUAGUUCUUGGCUCCCAAUUCCCAUUGACAUAGAAUCUGUGGGAGAUAGCAUGCCUGACGACUUCUUCCAAAAUUUCGAUAAUAUUAAAAAAUACAAAGGAAUCAAGUCCUCAAAACCGGAAAAUUUAUACAGAUUAAUGAAUGGCCCUGUUAGAGAUGCACUAAACAUAACCACAGAGCAUAGAUGGGGUGACCAAAGACGUUUGGUACACAGUGCUUUAUAUCUAGACAAUAUGAAACCAGUAACAGACGUUGUUGAAAGGUUACUGAAUGAAACUGAUCUGGAGAUUUCAGUUUGCAAUGGCCAGCUUGAUCUAAUAGUAAACACUCCAGGGACACUUAAAUGGGUAAACAGUCUAAAAUGGAACAAUAAAAACCAAUGGACCUUGGCAGAUCGAACUCCAAUAAUAUUAGAAAAUGUCUAUGAAGGAUAUCAGAAGAGAUAUGGCAAAUUAAAUUUUUAUUGGGUUCAUCGUGCCGGACAUAUGGUACCCACAGGCAAUCCUCAAACUAUGUUAUAUAUUUUGAAACAAAUCAUAGGAAUUGAUGAUUGAUGAUUAACUUUAUUUUAAUUAUACUGUAUAAUAAUUUAUUGUAGAGCUUAUAUAUUUUGUUUUAAUAAAAGCAUA